AUGGCUCCUAGACCUUUACUGCCGGUUCAUUUGCCCUCAUCGGUGGUGCUACUGAUUAGUGCUACGGUCCUUGCGCUUCUCUUCUGGAAGGGCAUCCAAGUGAUUCGAGGUUGGCAAUAUUCCCGCAAGCAUGGCUGCAAGCCACCUCUCAACACGAUGACACAUGGCCCUUUGGGGGUUGGCACGAUCAACAAAAUGAUGUCCGCAUCCAAGGAGCAUCGGUUCCUGGAAUUAAUACGCGGAUGGCACCAAGCCUAUGGCUUCACCUUUGGAUCCAGGAUGUUGAAUCGCCAAGCCGUCUUUACUAUCGAGCCGAGAAACGUGCAGACGAUUCUGGCUCUCAAGUUCAAAGACUUUGAGCUGGGAUAUUAUCGAAAUAAAGCUUUGCGCCCUCUUCUAGGAUACGGCAUUUUCUCGACGGAUGGUAGUAAAUGGGAGCAUUCGCGUGCACUCAUCCGUCCCAACUUCAACCGGAGUCAGGUGCAUGACAUUAAUGUCUAUGAGGCGCACGUCAAAGCCUUGAUCGACAAAAUUCCAAGGGAUGGGUCGACAGUUGAUAUGCAGGAUUUGUUCUUCCGAAUGACACUGGACUCUGCGACCGAAUUCUUGUUCGGGGAAUCGGUCAACUCCUUGAAAGACGCCACAUCAGCCUCGUCGGCCUCUUUCGCCCAAGACUUCAAUACCGCUCAAACCGGACUUUCUCAACGCAGUCGACUCGGUCCUCUGAUGGGCCUUCACCACGACACCAACUUUACCAAAUCAGUCGUCAAUGCGCGCGCCUACGUGGACCGAUUCGUGCAGAAGGGGAUUGAAUACCGCAGAGCGCUCGACAAUGGAACUGUGAAGUCUGAUGAACUUGACCAGCAAUAUGUGUUUUUGUAUGAGCUGUCCAAGCAGACUGUGGACAAGACCGAGCUCACAGAUCAGCUUCUCAACAUUCUCCUGGCCGGACGAGACACGACUGCCAGCUUGCUGAGCAUUACGUUCUUUGUCAUGGCCAGAAAACCGGAUAUUUGGCAUAAACUCCGACAGGAGGUUCUCAAGCUCGACGGCCGGAAACCUUCUUUCCAGGAUCUGAAAUCCAUCUCGUAUCUUACUUAUGUUCUGAAUGAGACUCUACGACUCUACCCCGUCGUCCCCUUCAACGGCCGAAUGGCCAACAAAGACACCCACCUCCCCGUCGGAGGUGGCCCCGAAGGAAAAGACCCCAUCCACAUCUCCAAAGGCCAAGAAGUCAUGUACAGCGUCUACGCCAUGCACCGCCGCAAGGACAUCUUCGGCCCAGACGCAGAUGAAUACCGGCCCGAGAGAUGGGACAAGCUCAAGCCUGGCUGGGCGUAUAUUCCAUUCAACGGCGGACCUCGCAUCUGCAUUGGCCAGCAGUUUGCGUUGACUGAGGCGGGAUAUUCGAUUGUGCGGAUCAUGCAGGAAUUUGAGAGUCUCGAGAGCAGGGAUAGUCGGCCGUUUGAGGAGGCGCUGACGUUGACGUUGGCGAGUUUACACGGGGCGAAAGUUGGGUUGACGCCGGUUCGGGGGUAG